AUGUUAACACGAUUGCCUAUUCGUCGAUUCUCAAUUAAUAAUAAAAAAUCACGUUUAUAUCGUUGGCUUGAUAUUUAUGAAGAUUUUGUUGGUCUCAAAGAAGUAAAACAAGCACAAAGUGCUGUCAAUGAUGCUGAACGUUCAUUUAUUAAAACUCAAACCGAACGUCGAUCAUAUUCAAAUGAAUUACUAAAACUUCAAAAUGAUUUAGCUCGUAUAAGAAUUGAUAUGGAUAAAUUAUCACGUAGUGAUGAUGCUUAUUUUGAAUUAUUUAAAAGUGAACAUGAUUUAGUUAAAAAAGAAAAAUUAACUCAAUUAGAAUUAAAAAAACAAGAUGAAAUUGAACGACAAUUAUUUUCAUCAUUACAAUUAGCUUUACGUGAAAGUCAAGAAAAAGAAAAAAUGCGUAUUGAAAGAACAAAAUAUUGGUCAAUUAUUGGAUCCGUUGUUGGUGCGUUAGCUGGAAUGAUUGGUGCAACAUUAACAAAUCGUCAUCGUAUAAAAGAAUUUCAUAAUAUAACACAAGAAUCACAAAAACUUUAUGAAAAUUUAAUAGAUAAACAAGAAAUAUCAAUAGAUAAAUUAAAACAAGAAUUAACAAAUUUAUCUUCAAAUGAUUCCUAUGAAAAUAUUUUAUUAUUAAAUCAACAAAGUGAAGAACGUAUUCAAUCAAAAUUAAUUUAUCAUACUAAUUUUAUUAAUCGAGAUACAGGAAUUGUUAAACGAUUUUCAAAAGAUAAAGGUUUUGGUUUUAUUACACGAAAAACUGAUGGUACAGAUUUUUUUGUACAUUUUCAAUCGAUUGUUGGUACUGGUUUUAAAACACUUGAGGAAGGACAAGAAGUAGAAUUUAAAGAAUCUCAAGGAGUAAAAGGACGUGAAGCACGAGUUGAAGAAAAUUAUUUAGUUAUAAAUAAUAAUGUUGAUUAUUAUUCUAGUAAAAAUCGUGGUUUUGGUUUUAUUACAAGAAAAAGUGAUGGUGCAGAUUUUUUUGUACAUUCUCGAUCGAUUCAUCAACGAGAUUUAGAAAAUUUUCAUGAAGGAAUUGAAGUUGAUUUUUAUGAAAGUGAAAGUAAUCGUGGUGCUGAAGCCAAAGAUGUUCGUAUUAUUAAGAACACAAAUACUAAAGAUCAGAUAGUCAAUAAUGAAAUUUCAGAUACAAAUAAACAAGAAACAGGAAUUAUUCAUCGAUGGAAUAAAGAACGUGGUUUUGGUUUUGUUCGUCGAAUAGCAAAUGGAAAUGAUCUAUUUGUUCAUGCUAGAUCAUUAAAAGAUGGCCUUCGAGAAUUAGAAAUUGGCCAAGAAAUUCAAUUUCGAAUACAAACAACUGAAAAAGGUGAUGAAGCAUAUGAUGUAUAUUUAAUAAAAAAUCAAUAA